UUUUUUUUUUGAGCUGGGGACCGAACCCAGGGCUUUGCGCUUCCUAGGUAAGCGCUCUACCACUGAGCUAAAUCCCCAGCCCCCCUUCUUUUUUUUAAACACACUAUUAGCUAGAUGGUCCCUGCAGUCAGCAGGAAGAAGCCGGGGCUUUUCUCCCCCAGCCAUCCCAUUGGCCAGAACUGGCUGUGUCUAGCUUCAUGAUAUGCUGGAAAAUGUUGGCUGGGCUUCAAAGCCCAGGUACUAAUUGAAUUAUUAAUUGUAUAAGAGAGUUCACCUGUUAGUAAAACAAAAGUUGCUAUAUGAGUCAGCGUCAAAAGUAAAUUGAAUAUAAAUAAAUGUAUUUUAAUACUGUUCUGUAUGUUGAAAAUGUCCAAAACAAAUUUUCUUUAACUUUUUAUCCCAAUGCUUGGGUUCUCCAGGCCCUACAUUGCUAGGCUAGCAUUCUACUACUAACUGAACUGUGUGGCUCCAGAUCUAGAAAGUUUUGUGUGUGUGUGUUUUUUUUUAAACCUUUACCAGUGCCAGUUAAUCAUUACAACACUAGAGGGCGCUGUUAGUUAAUGGUCUCUCCUUGUAGAACUCAUAGCCAUCAGCUCCCCUCUAGUCAAUAGAGUCACAUAGGUUUUGUUCAUCUGGUAAUUCUAAAUUUCUCAUGUUCUCAGGUUAACAAGAGCAGAGGCCAGAAAUGUCAGUAUGUAACAUUUGUUUGCAAAGUCACAAUCAAGCCACAUAGACUCUAUUAUUUUUUUAAUUUACAUUUUUAAUUGACUUACAGAAUAACCCUUUCCCAUGGCAGUCUCCUUCACACUUAUUUUUGCUUGAGACAGUACAGCCCAGGUGCCCCUCUGUGUUAUCCCCCAGCCUCCAGCCUGGUCUGUACCAUUCAGCCCCAGUGAUCCCUGUCAGUGUUCAAGUCACAGCUGGUCUCUUACCUUUCCGUUUUUCUCAUGGGCCCCCUUUAGUUUCCUGGUCUGAAUACACACACACCAACAAACUUACUCAUGUUUAAAAGUAGAAGCAGUGUGCACACGAGAGAUAGCCUUAUUUGCCUUACCUCACUUGAUAUGUUUUCUAGCUUAAUUCUUAGUAAAAAACAAAGACAUUAUUACAUUAAUAAAAGGAGAUAUUUUCAAGUGUGUACUUAUCAUUUUUAAAAAUGCAUGUGUGUUUGUGUGCAUACAUGUAUGUCCAUGCACACGUGGAGGCCAGAGGCUGACCUUGGGUGCCAUCCCCAGCAGUGCUAUUUCCUUGGAGAUCAGUCUCACUGGCCUGUAGCUCAGCAGUCAGGCCAGACCAGCUAGCUGAGCAGCAAGUCCUAGGAUCUUCCUCAUUCCCUCUCCUGUGCUGGCCACAGCCAUGUACUGCAGCGCCUGUCUCCUUACCUCUGAAAGGGACUCUGAGGAUCUAGCUUGGGCUUCAGCCUCACAGUUAGCUCUUGAUUAGCAAAGCCAUUUUUCUAGUCUAUCACAUGCUGGUCCCCGCCCCCUCUCUUUCCAGGGUUUCCCUGCAGCCUUGGCUGCCCUGGAGCUAGCUUUGUAGAUUCAUCUGCCCUUUCCAGAGUGCUGCAUUUAAAGCCAUAUGCCACCAUGCCCAGCUAGUCAUUUCUGAUGACUUAAAUCUGCAUUUGUCCAAAUUCAGUCUUUUAGUUGCUUUGCCUUAUUUUUUGUUUUGAAUUUACCCAUACAUGGUUGCUAAGAACAGAGCCACUUAUGUGCCUCUUACUACAUAGAGACAUAGUAGAAUUUUAAAUACAGGCAAACGUGAGCAGCAAGGAGUCCCACUGUAGAGACAGGAACGCCUCUGGAUGCCCAGCUUUUCCCUUGACACAGUUUGUGUCUCGCUGGUGGGAAAUCCUGGGAGGGAAGUUUGUGUUAGUCUGUGGGAAUAUUGUGGUUCAUUUACUCUCUCAGCUUCUCUGCAGUAUCAUUUGUGUAUAUGUGUGUGUGUGUGUGUGUGUGUGUGUGUGUGUGUGUGUGUGUGUUAAUUUGUGUCUUUAAAUAGUUUUUUUUUUUUAUAAUUAAAUGUGAUGAGGAGGAUUAUGCAUUUAAGUUCAGGUGCCAAUAGAGAUCAAAAGAGAGGGCAUCAGAUACACUGAAACUGGACGUGGAGAUGGCUGUGAACCAGCUCACUUAGGUGCUGGCAACUGAAACAGGUUCUGUGCAAGAGUACCGUGUGCUCUUUAGUCGCUGAGCCGUCUCUCCAGCCUCUUUGUUUGUUAAAUAUGUAUUUAUUUCAAUCCUGUUUCGGCAUCUGUGUGACUAUAUGGCAUGUGAAUGCAGUUUCUGUGGAGGCCAGAAGAGAAAGUCGGAUGCCCCUGGAGAUGGACUUAAAGUGGUAUCGAGCUCUCAUGGUGCUGGGAGCCAAGGUUGGGUCCUUUGUAAGCAACAAGCAUUCUUUGUGGUGGUUUAAGUAACAAUGGCCCCCUUAGGCUUAUGUAUGUGAAUACUUGGUUAUUAGGGAAUGGCACUAUUGACAUGGAUUAAGAGGUGUAGCCUCAUUGGAGUAGGUUUGGCCUUGUUGGGGGAAACGUUUCACUCGGGGUGGGCUUGGGAUUUCAAAUACUCAAGCCAGGCCCAGUGUCUCUCUCUUCCUGAUGUGUAGGGAUUUGGAUGUAAAAUUCUCAACUAAUUGUCUAGCACCAUUUCUGUUUGCAUACUGCUGUGCUUCUCACCGUGAUGAUAGCGGACUGAGCCUCUGAAACUGUAAGCUCGCUGCAAUUAAAUGCUUUCUUUAUAAGAGUUGCUAUUGGUAUGGCCAUGGUGUCUCUUCACAGCAACAGAGCUUCUCAGGUGAGCAGCUCUGCUGGCGAGCCUCUCCUGCCUCUCACGUGAGCUUAGUGUUCCCUCUGGUCUGGGAAAUCUACUGUAAGAGAGAUGGGGACAGAUGCUUGAAUGUCCCAGAAGUGGAGGUGCUCCCUGCCCCUUGCCCUUUGUUGGAAUCAAGACUAGGAGGGGCAGUCUGGCUGGCUGCCUGUGCAGCCUUUCCUCCUCUGGGACUGUAGUUAGGCCCUGUCUACCAGACCCCAGGGACUUGAGUUGUGUGGUUUGUUGUGAGAGCUCAUUUGUGUUGACUUUGGUUAUUUUUUAAUGACGGGCUCCUGCCUUGACAUCACUGCAGUUCUUUGAGUUUUGCAAUCUGAUGUCUUUGGGCUCCUGAUUGGGGGUAGGGGGGCUGCCAGUGAGUAAAAGUAAUCUCCCUUUUCACUGAGCUGGCAGCAGCAUGGGCAGACUUGCUCAUCUGAACUGUUUGAAAAGAUAGGUUUUAAUUUCCCUUCUUUGUUUGGGUUUGAGAACUACAAUCGCAGCAGCUGCUGGGAUCCUAUAAUAGAACACCCAGAUUGCUCUGAAGAAGCCUGCAAGACUGAGCUCAAGACCGGAUAGAGGCCUGCAAUAACUGCAUGUGACCAGGCGGUGGCUGUUGUGUAACACAAAUAGCAUUUGAUGAGGUGUGGUUAGUUAUACAAUUUUGGCCAGCUCGUGUGGGAUAUAAGAGCUGAAAUUACUUCAGCACCUGAAAGCAGCUCCUGCUGCACCUCAGGACACCCGGACUGCCCAGGUGUGGUGGGCUGCACUCUGACUCCAGGACGAUUUUGUGGGUAGACUGAGAUUCCACUGAAGGUGAUAAGCGAUGACAGUAAUCUGCGUCUGAGGAUCCAGUGUUCCAGGUGCUAAAAGCUGCCUCUGGUCUUAGACCCCUGCCUUGCAUACGCCUUCCCUGCAAGCACUCCAGGCCACAGUUUGUAGGCUGCUCAGCCUGCCUUGAUGAUGGGUGUCGGCAAGAACACAUCAAAGUCGGUGGAGGUUGGGGGCUCCACAGAAGGCAAAUAUGAAGAGGAGGCCAAGCGCCCCGAUUUCUUUACUCUCCCGGUGGUGAUCAAUGGUGGGGCCACGUCCAGUGGAGAACAGGACAAUGAAGACACUGAGCUCAUGGCCAUCUACACCACAGAGAAUGGCAUUGCAGAGAAGAGCUCUCUCGCAGAGACCCUGGACAGCACUGGGAGCCUGGAUCCCCAGAGGUCAGAUAUGAUCUACACUAUAGAAGACGUUCCUCCCUGGUACUUAUGCAUAUUCCUGGGGUUGCAGCACUACCUGACGUGUUUCAGUGGCACAAUCGCAGUGCCCUUUUUGCUGGCUGAUGCCAUGUGCGUGGGGGAUGACCAGUGGGCCACCAGCCAGCUCAUCGGGACCAUUUUCUUCUGCGUGGGAAUCACUACAUUGCUGCAGACAACAUUUGGAUGCAGGUUACCCCUGUUUCAGGCCAGUGCUUUUGCAUUUUUGGCCCCUGCUCGAGCCAUCCUGUCUUUAGAUAAAUGGAAAUGUAACACCACAGAGAUCACAGUUGCCAACGGAACGGCAGAGCUGUUGGAACACAUCUGGCACCCCCGGAUCCAAGAGAUCCAGGGGGCUAUAAUCAUGUCCUCACUGAUAGAAGUGGUCAUUGGCCUCCUUGGCCUGCCUGGGGCUCUGCUGAGGUAUAUUGGACCCUUGACCAUCACACCCACCGUGGCCCUCAUUGGCCUCUCUGGUUUCCAGGCAGCAGGAGAGCGAGCUGGGAAGCACUGGGGCAUUGCCAUGCUGACAAUUUUCCUAGUGUUACUAUUCUCACAAUAUGCCAGAAAUGUUAAAUUUCCUCUCCCAAUCUACAAAUCCAAGAAAGGAUGGACGGCCUACAAGUUACAACUUUUCAAAAUGUUUCCUAUAAUCCUGGCUAUCCUCGUGUCCUGGCUGCUGUGCUUCAUCUUCACGGUGACUGACGUCUUCCCUUCCAACAGCACCGACUAUGGCUACUAUGCACGCACAGAUGCCAGGAAGGGCGUACUUCUGGUAGCCCCAUGGUUUAAGGUUCCAUACCCAUUUCAGUGGGGGAUGCCCACCGUCUCUGCAGCUGGCGUCAUUGGCAUGCUCAGUGCUGUCGUAGCCAGUAUCAUUGAGUCCAUCGGCGACUACUAUGCCUGCGCCAGGCUCUCCUGUGCCCCACCACCUCCUAUACAUGCAAUAAACAGGGGUAUUUUUGUGGAGGGUCUUUCUUGUGUUCUCGAUGGCGUAUUUGGUACCGGGAAUGGCUCUACCUCCUCCAGUCCCAAUAUUGGAGUUUUGGGAAUUACAAAGGUUGGCAGCCGCCGAGUGAUCCAGUAUGGUGCAGCUCUCAUGCUGGGCUUGGGCAUGAUUGGCAAGUUCAGCGCCCUCUUCGCCUCCCUCCCAGACCCUGUACUCGGAGCCCUCUUCUGCACACUCUUUGGAAUGAUCACAGCUGUUGGCCUCUCUAACCUGCAGUUCAUUGACUUGAAUUCUUCCCGGAACCUAUUUGUGCUUGGAUUUUCCAUCUUCUUUGGGCUUGUUCUUCCAAGUUACCUCAGACAAAACCCUCUGGUUACAGGCAUAACAGGCAUUGAUCAAGUUCUGAAUGUCCUUCUCACCACUGCUAUGUUCGUCGGAGGCUGUGUGGCUUUUAUUUUGGACAACACCAUCCCAGGAACCCCAGAGGAAAGAGGAAUCAAGAAAUGGAAGAAGGGUGUGAGCAAAGGAAACAAGUCUCUUGACGGCAUGGAGUCCUAUAAUUUGCCAUUUGGCAUGAACAUUAUUAAAAAAUACAGAUGCUUCAGCUACCUGCCUAUCAGCCCAACCUUUGCAGGUUACACAUGGAAAGGCUUUGGGAAGAGUGAGAACAGGCGGAGUUCAGACAAAGACUCCCAGGCCACAGUAUAGCCUUUGCUGUGUCCUGUGGCCUGGCCACAGUACGGCAUGCAUCUGUAGUUCCUUGCUGAAUAACAAGAAGAUAUAUGUUUGUAUAUCUAUCUACAUGGCAUCCUGUACCUCAGAGCUAAGACAGGUUGCAUAUCACUCUUCUGUUGUGGGUGGUGAUUAUGUCCAAUAUGGUGUCUCACUUGUGUCCUUAUUGAUCCCUUACCCGUUUUGUGUCCAUUGCUGGCCAUGGUCACUGAACUUGAAAUCACAGUCCUGCCAUUGGAGUGGGCAUUUGGAAUCUAUAGUGCUCCUGCCUUCAAGUGCUCUCUUUCUUACAAGCUGCUUCGAGGUCUAGGGGUUUCUGCUUCUUAAACACUAUGUCCCAGUCUUCCCAUGUGACCUCAGCCUGAACCCUGUGGAGACCUCCUCUGGCCAGGGGCCACUGGUGUCCUUACUUUGUUGUGAUUCUAUUAUCCUUGAUAGCCCAGGAGCCUACUGACCUGACUGAGAAUAAUGACAUGUCUGUCCUGUGACCAGAUAUGAGUGUGCAUAAGGUCCUGUAUAGCUGUGACUGGGGGAGCUCUGGUUAGGAGAUUGACAGGGAGUAGAACGAUCCUGAGUCAGUGGGAUUCUCAACCAUGCUCCCCCCUCGUCACCCUGGACCCAUCUGGGCCAGCACAGUUCAUACUAGUCUCUUUCUGGCCGAGACACCCUAUUUGGCAUUUUCACUGCUGGCUGGUGUGAUGGGUGUUAGAGUGCCCACAGGUAGUCUGUGGGUGUCUUGGCUCUGCUGCCCUGUAUUUGCGUGUGUUUUAUUCCUAUUUAAUGUUAUUGACUAUAGCGGAUUUUUGAAAUCAGUGUUUUCCGUGUGAACUUCCAACCUUGCAUCCUGUUCCUUGGCCUGUACUCUUUACUCCAUUGAGAAAAGAACCAGCGUCUGUAAAAGCUGUGGGUGCCAUCAGGGAAGCUUCUUGUGUCGGCUGUUGAAAGCCAGUGACAGUUGUUGUGGGUGUGUUUUGUACUGCUCUAUACCAUGAAAGUGUAAAUACUGUAGUGUCUAAUCUAUUUAUCACAACUGACUACUGGACCAGGGCCCAGAAACAUGGGUCAAGUUACACGUGAAUUUGUUUGGUGAAGAAGGGAAGCUGGGGCAGCGACAGCAUCAGCACGUGGGAUGUGCCGUUGUCUAAGCCGCUCCUUCCUCCUGUUGCACGUCAUUGCUGACAGAGCUGACUUAAUGACUGUGUGGGUUGUCAGGUCACAUAUCCACUGGAUGUAGAUUCUUACAGAGGGAAGAUUUGACCCCUUAGUCAAAUAGCCUAUGGGAUUUGUUACAGAUGAUAGCAGAAAAGCAGCCUUUGGGUGCCCUCUGUGAAAGAGUUCUAACUUGGAAAACAAACUCCCACAGACAAAUGACUUGUACUGAAUCUGGUUUUGGUUUCCAAGCCAAGGGCAAAGCUGAAGACAUGAGAAUGCCCUUGCUUCUUGAGGUUGUACCUCUUAAGUGGCUGUGGACCUGGCUGAACUGUGGGUGGCAGUGGGCAUCCCCGUCACCCUUAGCAAGGUGUGGUUGGUUCUCAGUGCCUGUCCAUGGUAUGUGUUUCUGUGCCCAGGAUAGCUCAGUGUCCCCAUGUUACCAGGUCUUUGUGUUUCUGCAGCCCUCACGACCCUUGAGAGUUUUGGGUUGCAGUCACACCUCAGAGCCACUGCAUUGUUUUGCCAAAAUCUUACUCCAGAUUAAGUUCGGGACUUGGUUUCUAACUGUAUUUAGUUUUGAUGGUUUAUAUUCAGACAAUUAGUGCUUUGGAAGCACAUUGUUGAGUAGCCUUUUGUCCCUCCUUCUUAGCAAGCCCAUUUGGCUGACAGCUCUCCUGCUCUGCGUUCACUCUGUGCCUCCAUUUGCAUUUUGCUUAGUUGACCCAGUUUCUCUGACAAGGUAGAAAACUGGCAAGCAUCUCAGAUCUGUAGUAUUGUGGUGCUGUGGUGGGCAGGAGCAGGAGUCCAUCCAGAAGCGUGAGAACGAACGGGCUGUAAUCCAGGCCGUGCCCUGCCACUUAUGCUGUACUGCCGAGUGCCACCCGAGGCUUCUAUUGGCUGUAGUUUGCUCUGGGGCUUUCACAGUUGAAUCCUGGAGCCUGGGCUCAGCAGGUAUCUGUGUGGCCAAGGAAGUGCUAUGCCAACAUCUUCCAUUAGAAUCAGGGUUUCCCCUUCUUGCUUCAUCAGAGCCAACUUUUGAUAUUCUUGGAAGGGGACAGGAGGUAGGAACAAAGAGAGAAGUAGCCUACGCGUGCACCCCCAGGGUGGGGUACUGUCCACAGUGCCCUGGGUGACUAGUACCUUGUAACCACUGGUAAGGUUUGUCCUUGAAGCUUGUGGUCCUCCCAACAUAUAGGGAAUGUGUGUUUAUGUACCAGAUGGGAAUUUUUAGGGGACAUGGUGACUGUGUGAUCUCUUUGUCCAGUGUUGGCCCUCGGUACUAGAACUUGGAGUUGCUCUGUUUGGUUACCAGUGGACUGUUUUUCAGAUGUGAGCAUCUUACAGGGCAUUCUAUCCUAAUUCUCACAAUGAACACCCCUCCCCCCGCCCCAAAUCCUGAGAGCAAGCAUUUGUGCCAGCCACAGGAAGCAGAAGUAUUAAGGGAAGAGGUGCUGGCAGCUACCUUGCGGGGAGACUCCAGUAGGAAAGUCACAGGCAAUGACACCAGUCUUCAUGACUUUCAUUCUCAUUUAUAAGUUGGACUUCGAGUCAGUAGAACAUUUAUGCUCAGAAUCUUUCUUAAGACAGUUUCCAGUAUUUCUUUGAUUGGAAUUAAUCCAGGCAAAAGAAGAGGCUUUAUCAGAGAGCGGGAGUGAAGUAUCGUGGGUCCUGCCCGUAUCCCAUUUUCACAGUAACAAAUUCACAUGCAGGAUUUACUUUAUACUGUAGAAUACUGACUUUCAUGAUGACAACUUGAUUUAUGCAUGAAUAUCAACAGUAUUUCCAUAUAGUAAAAUAACAUUUCUGCCCAGGAUAAUAGUCACAGUUUUCCAGGGAGGGAAUGAUAUAAUUUUCAUGACAAUGUCAUGUGCUGAUAGAAUUUCUCCAUUGAUGAACCUCUAGUAUGUGUGUAUACUUUAUUUACCCCUGUGUAUAUUUUAUGAUCAUGAUCUAAGCUGUUAAUUCUUUCAUUCAUGUCCCCGCUAAGACACUGAUAUUAGCAACUUAGAGUUGGUGAGUUUUAUCUUCAGUCAUACCAGUUCCACAGAGAUGAGGCCUCAGUCCAGAACCCAUCUUCACAGAAAAGCAGCAGUAGCCUGCAGGUGGCUAUGCUUGGAGCGACAUUUGGCUGCCAGUAGCAGGCCUGGCAUGGUGUGACGUGAGGGGCCUAAUUACCUAGCUGUUGCUGGACACCAGCUGUGCAUACCUGAGCAUGCCCAGUGUAUUGGGUUCAUGCACAGUCCUGGACCCGAGCUUUCACAAGCUCUGUCCUCAAGGGAACUGUGUCCUUCUCCGUCCCAUUAAGAUUUGGACACAGAUAAGACAUCUUCCACUUCAUUCUUCCUGGUCAUAAGCCAGUAAGGCAAGAAGGCCCCCACGUGGCAGCAUUCAGCUCUCAUCCAUGGAGCCCAGAGCGCAGCAGUGCUGGGCUCUCCUUUUCAGCAGCCUCACAGCCUCCCCAUCCUUCCAGGAUGUCGACCGCCAUGUCACCACUCUGAUGCCCAGCAUUCUCGGGUUGCUGCAUGAGUGUUGAGAACACUCCUAACCAACAUUGCUGUCUGCUGCCGUCUGGCAGUCCAGUGAGCCCUUUUCUGUCCGUUCCUAACAACUUUGAUUGGACACAUUGAAAAUUUUCUGACUGUCCUUAAGACAGCAGAGACGCCUCUGUUUUAUUUGGGUUUUGUGACUGACUUUGCCUAUGUAUCUUCCUGGGGUUUUGUUUGUGUUUAAUUUUUAUUUUGCAUACUGAGGGUAUUGGGGUGGGGUUGUUUUUUGAGAUGUGUAAUUCUUUCAUGGAGUUUUUAAAAAGAAUUUUCAUAUUGUUUUUCUAACAUGGCUUCAUUAAACGUUUAAGUAUUUUAAAACUAUGUAAUAUUUGGACCAGAUGUUGUGAAUAACAGUAGAGAAAAGCUAUUUUAUUCUGUAUUUUUAAAACUGUUCCGUACAAAUAAAAGCUCUCCUGGAUGUA